AUGGUCCAUUUGGGCGAUGUGGAGCUCCGCCAAAAGGAAAAAGAUCUGACCACUGCAGCUCGAAAUUCAAGUUUUCUUUUCUCCUCAAACGCAGACUCUCCCCAGAGCUCUUGCUUCGGGCCUUUGCCAGCAGCAGACGAGCUGGCUGCUGCUGCAGUUUCUCGAAACAGAGAAGUGGUCAUUUACUGUCCCGAUGCUGUGACAGCAGCGCUGCCGCCUGCUGCUGCAGCAGCAGAAGGCGCAGCAGCAGCAGGCGCGGCGCCAGCAGCAGACGCCGCCGCUGCCGAGGAAGCAGCAACCCGCCCGGCUGCAGCAGCAGCAGCAGCAGCAGCAGCAGCAGCUGAAGACGCAGCAGCAGAAGCAGCGACAAUUCUCGAUGGGAGGAACGGCGCGGUUCGCCCGCCGAGCACCGGCAGCAGCAGAAGCAGCAAAUGCAGAAACGGCAGCAGCAGCAGCAGCAGCAGCAGCAGCGGCUACAGCCCUAUCGACAGGCAGCAAGAAGCAGCAGCAGCAGCAGCAGCAGCAGCAGCAGAGGAUGAAGAAGAAGCAGCUAAACCUGUUAAGAAAAAAUUCAACUUCUUUAAAUGCUGCGGCCUAGACGCAGCAGCAGCAGCAGCAGAUCCCAAGAAGGCAUCCUGGCUAAGAAGACAGUUAUUCAAUUUAUUCUGCAACACCGGCCCCCUGGGUUUAAAAGUUUAUCCUUUUUCUCUUUGUUUCAUCGACAAACAAAUUGAGAAAGAAUGGAAUAUACAGAGAAACGAACAGUCGGUAAAAGCCGCGCGCUGGUUGGGGGCCAUUUUACUCAUCCAAGUUUGUUGGUACCGGCUGCUGCGCCUGACGGAGCUGCUGCUGGGCCGCCCGCUGGGCUUCGACUUUGGGGUGUACGGACGCCGCGAAAGCAUCAUUGCCGCCUCCCAGCCGAUUUUACUUUUGAUUUCUGCAUUUUCAAUUUCACUUUCAUUUCUUUCUCUCCUGGCUUUCGCGGGCUGGCUGGCCUUCUGGUGGAUUUUCGCGGUGCUGCUCCUCAGCCCCACCAACGACGCAGGGGGAGUUGGGGGUUUGUUGUUUUUGAUCUUUUCGGUUUCGGUUUUUCUGUUUGUCACUUUCAUGGUUUUGAGGGCCACUUUUAUUUCCUACAGAGUUCGAUUCGCAAUCAUGCGACAGGCCCAAAAGGACUUGGAGGGAAUUCGAAGACAAACAGCAGAUCUGCAGCAGCACACAGCCUUGGGGGACUUGUGCAGCAACAUAGCAGCAGCAGAAUCGCACCUGCGGGAGGCGAAGCUGGAGUUUCCGCGGGACCGCAGCAAGCUGGAAAGCACCAUAUCUUCGGUGUUGGUUUUGCUGCUGAAGGCGGAAGGGACCUUGACACGCUACAAAGCGCGAAUUCACCCACGUGAUAUCUCUUAG